CUGCCCGGGGCACCGGCGGGCGCCGCAGUCCGCUCCUCAGUGCUCGGCGGGCAUGGAGUGAGCGAGGAGCCGCGGCUUUCCCGCCGGGGAGCGGAGGUUCAGAGGGGAAAACAACAACAGAACGGAACAGUGUUUAUAGACCAACUACUAACAGAAGGAAAGAGAAGACCUGCUGUCUAAAAAAAGGGGAAAAAAAAGUGCUGCAUAUUCAGGUCCUCAAUCAGCGUGAAUGGCAUUAACAAAGGAUUCAUCUGAAUGGAUUAAAUGGAUUAUCACAGCUGCCUGGUGGCUGCUGAUUGUUUUUUCAGCACAAGAAAUUGAUGGGGGAGAAUAUGCAUAUAUUGACCCAUGUGGGGGACAGGAUUGUUCAGUUUGUCGGUGCUUUCCAGAAAAAGGAUCAAGAGGUCAGCCUGGUGAGCUGGGAGCUCAAGGUCCAAUUGGAUCCUUGGGAUCUACAGGACCAGCUGGUCUGCCAGGUGAAAAAGGUCAGAGAGGUGAGAAUGGGCAACCUGGGCCAGCUGGAGAAAAAGGUGAUAAGGGCCCAACAGGAGUCCCGGGAUUUCCUGGUUUAGACGGUGUUCCUGGAUUACCAGGAAGUGAAGGACCCACAGGCAAGCGUGGUUUGGAUGGCUGCAAUGGCUCAAGAGGAGAUCCAGGAUUCCCAGGCGAAAAUGGAUACAUUGGACCAAGAGGUCCUUAUGGGUAUCCAGGGCAAAAAGGAGAAAAAGGAAAUUCAGUGUAUGUUUCCCAUUUUGGAAGAGGACCUCCAGGAGACAGAGGUGAUCCUGGACCUCCUGGCAUGCCAGGACCUAGAGGAUCAAGAGGUACAACAGGCCCCUCUGGAUACCCAGGCCAACCAGGCUUGCCUGGUGCUCCAGGUUUCCCAGGUUUGCCAGGUGAACAGGGAAAUCCAGGCAUUGGAGUGGAUGGACAAAAGGGGGAACAGGGUGAUGUUGGACUUCCUGGGCCACCAGGGUCACCACUGUUAAUUGGACCUCCUGGAGCUCAGCUGUUCAAAGGAGAAAAGGGCCAAAAAGGACUUCCUGGGAUGACCGGAUACAGAGGACCACAUGGACCCAAAGGUGUAUCUGGGCGAGGAGAAAAGGGUGAAAAAGGUAUUCCUGGAUUCCCUGGAGUGCGGGGUAGUCCUGGUUCUUACGGACCCGCAGGUUUUCCUGGAAUAAAGGGAGAACCAGGAGCUGCUGGUUUUCCCGGACAAGUUGGCUAUCCAGGCAUAAAGGGGGAUCCUGGAGAAGAAGGGCCCCCAGGUCCUCCUGGAAUUGUUGGAACUCCACUGUUUCCUAUAAAAGGUCUGCAGGGAGAUCCUGGAUUUCCGGGUCCCAUUGGUGAUAUGGGGUCAAUUGGACCACCUGGCCCUGCAGGCCCGCUCGGAAGACCAGGAGAUGAUGGAACAAGUCUGCCUGGCCUGCCAGGAACAAGUGGGGCACCAGGACUGCAAGGUGUUCAAGGUGACCCUGGUUUCCCUGGAACAGGUGAAUCAGUCCCAGGAAGACCGGGAUUUCCUGGACCACCAGGAUUACCAGGACAGCCAGGAAGACCAGGCUUACCUGGACUACCCAGUGUAAUUUGUACUGACAGAGGGAUUCCUGGAGAACCUGGAGCAAAAGGUCAGACAGGCCUUCCAGGAAGAAAAGGUGAAAAAGGAGAGAAGGGAAAUCAAGGCCUCUGCUCAUGUAGCCCUGGUCCUCCUGGUCCCCGUGGCAUACAAGGACCUCCAGGUACUCAAGGAAAGAAAGGACAAAUGGGAUACCCUGGAAGACAUGGAGAAAAGGGCAAUCCAGGCUUAUCUGGUGCAAUGGGAUCACCAGGGCUCCCUGGGACACCUGGUUCUGCUGGACAAGAGGGUGAAAAAGGGGAGAAGGGUGAUCCAGGGAGAAUUAGAAUAAAAGGAAUAAAAGGUGAAAGAGGCCCUCGUGGGGUUCCAGGAUUUCCGGGCCAACGAGGUAACGAUGGCAGAGAUGGGGAACUAGGAUUGCCUGGAGAAAAAGGAGCCAAGGGCGACUCUGGAGUACCACUGCUGGGUGAUAAAGGGUUCCCUGGGGUCCCAGGAAGUCCUGGGGUAAAAGGACAGAUGGGAUUGCCUGGCUUGGGGUUUCCCGGCCCACCAGGAGUCAGAGGAGUCCCUGGAGACUUUGGUGAUACUGGUAAUGUUGGGCCACCUGGUCCCAAGGGUCAGAAAGGUGAGACAGUCUGUAUUACUCCACCAUACCCUGGAAGUCCAGGCCCCCCAGGUUUUAAAGGUGUUCAAGGACAAAAGGGUUUAAAAGGACUCCCUGGUCGUCCUGGACCAAACGGCUUUGAUGGGCAGAAAGGCCAGCCAGGCAGGCCAGGAGCAGGAAUCCCUGGACCAGAAGGCUUUCGAGGCAAAGCUGGUGAUCCUGGUGAUGAAGGUGAAAGAGGAUCUACGGUUGAUGGUAAAAAUGGCCCUCCAGGUCCACCUGGCAUAGAUGGUCAGAAAGGUGUUCCAGGUGAUACCACAUAUGGUCCUCCAGGAAUCCCAGGCUAUAGGGGACUGCCAGGACCACCUGGUGCUCAAGGAACAAGGGGUGAUCCAGGCAUUCCUGGGCUUCAAGGCCAGCCCGGCACCCCAGGAUUUCCAGGUGCCAAAGGUUUUAGAGGCCCAGAAGGUGAUAGAGGAGCACCAGGCUGUCCAGGCUUCCCUGGUCUACCAUGUGACAUGGGCUUACCAGGGCCACCAGGACUCAGAGGUGUCAUGGGCCUGCCAGGCCCUCAAGGCUUACCAGGCUUUAAAGGUCAGAGAGGAGACAGAGGCCUCGUAGGGCCACCUGGACUGAAAGGUCUCAAAGGCUCUCCUGGCUCACCAGGCCCCCCAGGUCCUCCAGGCUCCCGAGGAGUUACAGGACAUCCUGGGGACAGGGGAGCGCCUGGCUUCCCAGGUCAAACAGGAAGCAAAGGGAUUCAAGGACCUCAAGGAUUCCCAGGACUCCCAGGAACACAAGGGCCAAUGGGAAUCUCUGGUUUAAAAGGUGAAGGAGGAGAAAUGGGUCUGCCUGGGCCUGGUGGAGAAUGUGGGGAUUUGGGAAUAAAAGGUGAAAGAGGUCCUCCAGGAGACAGUGGCUGCAUUACCAUUCGGCUUGAGAAAGGACAAAAAGGGGAACCAGGGUUUCCUGGUGAGAAUGGAUUUAGAGGUGAAAGAGGUGAAAAAGGCAAUGCUGGUUCCAGAGGCAUCCCAGGAUUUCCAGGGAAAAGUGGUCUCCCAGGACUGCCAGGUGACCAUGGUGACACUGGACUGAUGGGGUUUCCAGGAUCACGGGGUUUUCCAGGACCAAAGGGCUUUAAAGGAAUUACGGGUUUUCAAGGACAACCAGGUGACCAGGGUGAUGUUGGCUUACCAGGAAUCCCUGGAAAUCGAGGAUUGACUGGCCGUAAAGGACCUAAAGGUGAGAAAGGUGACCCAACGGUUCUGCUUGGUACACGUGGUCGAAAGGGGCCUCCAGGAGAUCCAGGAUUACCAGGACUCUGUGGAUUCCCAGGAGAGAAGGGUUCAUCAGGUGUCGAAGGGCGACCUGGAAGACCAGGAUCCAAGGGGCAGCCUGGAUACCCAGGAAUACCUGGAUUUCCAGGUGCUGUGGGCCCUCAGGGAUUGCCAGGAGAACCUGGAGAAAAAGGGAAACAAGGAUUUUUGGGACCUCCAGGAUUGCAAGGAAUUGCUGGUCCCCAAGGCAGAAAAGGUCUUCCUGGACUGCCUGGACUAGAUGGCUUGAAUGGACUAAAAGGUCAAAAGGGUUCCCCAGGAGCUCCAGGUCAAAGUGAAACAGGGACCCCAGGAUACACGGGAGAACUUGGACCAAAAGGAGACAGAGGUGAACCUGGAUGGCCUGGUAUUUCUAUUCCAGGUCCCCCUGGAGAAAGGGGAUUGCCAGGAUUCCCAGGUAGAAGAGGAGCUGUUGGACCUGCUGGACCUAUGGGAAGAUCUCCUGAUCAUGCUCCUCCUGGUCUUCCGGGUGAUCAAGGACCACCUGGUUUAGAUGGCAUCAGAGGCCAGCCAGGGAAUCCUGGCCCUCCUGGAGAGACUGUCUUUGUGCGAGGAGAUCCAGGUGAUGUCGGUAUUCAAGGGGCACCUGGGAUUCCUGGGCAGCGAGGGCAACAAGGAGCCAAAGGUCUGCCAGGGAACCAAGGAAGAAGAGGCCCAAAGGGUCCUAUGGGAAUCCCUGGCCCACAUGGCCCACCUGGUGCUACAGGACAACCAGGAGACCAAGGUUUUCAAGGAAAACCUGGUCCAAAAGGUCCUUCAGGUUUCAUAGGUGACCCUGGUGAACCAGGAAAAAUAGAUGACUCAUGCCCUGCAAUCCCAGGGCCUCCUGGAGAAACAGGACAAAGAGGAGAUGAUGGUUCUAUAGGAUUACCAGGGCCAAUAGGUCACCCUGGACCCCAAGGAAGAAAAGGUGAAGAAGGGUCAUGUGGCCUGCCAGGUCAAGAUGGCUCACCUGGGCCACCUGGACCUCCAGGUGACCAAGGGAAUAUAGGAGAACAAGGAUACAUUGGGCCACAAGGUCCACCUGGCCAGACUGGUAUCCCAGGACCACCAGGCCCUCAAAUUAGAUCUGCAAGUGGAUUCUUGCUUGUUCUUCACAGUCAGUCAGACAGAGAACCACUCUGUCCACAGGGAAUGCCAAAAUUAUGGACUGGCUAUAGUCUGUUGUACCUGGAAGGACAAGAGAAAGCUCAUAAUCAAGAUCUUGGUCUGGCAGGAUCUUGUCUUCCUAUAUUUAAUACUAUGCCCUUUGCUUAUUGUAAUAUCAACCAAGUUUGUUACUACGCCAGUCGAAAUGAUAAGUCUUACUGGUUGUCAAGUGCUGCUCCUUUACCAAUGAUGCCACUCUCUGAAGAAGAAAUACAACCAUAUAUAAGCAGAUGUGCUGUAUGUGAGGCCCCAGCCCAAGCUGUAGCAGUUCAUAGCCAAGAUCAGUCAAUUCCUCCCUGCCCACUGAACUGGAGAAGUCUUUGGAUAGGAUAUUCUUUUUUGAUGCAUACUGGAUCUGGUGAUCAGGGAGGUGGACAGUCUCUUAUGUCACCUGGAAGUUGCCUAGAAGACUUCAGAUCUGCACCAUUCAUUGAAUGCCAGGGUCAGCGGGGAACAUGUCAGUUUUUUGCUAAUGAAUACAGUUUCUGGCUAAUAACAGUGAUGCCUGAAUUGCAGUUUGCAUCAGCACCUCUGUCAGGAACUCUCAAAGAAGGACAAGAGCAGAGGAAAAAAAUCAGUAGAUGUCAGGUGUGCCUGAAGCACGGCUAACAGAACAAAUCUGAGCAGCUCGAAUGAGACUUGCAUAGGGAAGAGCAGCAUGCUAGAGGUUUAAACAUGAUUUGAUAUUGGAAUACGUUUGAAAGUCUACAGUUCUGUUGUUUUUGUUUGUAUUGAUAUGUAGGACUGAAAGAUGCAUCUAUUGAAUUUUAUCCACCCCUGUACACAUAUCUACAGAUAGGAAAAUCUAGUGUAAACAACGCAAGACCAAAAAAAUGAAACUGUCACACUGGAAUUCACUACUGUAAUAUACAGGCAACAGGGAGAGUUUGGAGGCUUGAAUUAAGUUGUUCUGGAAUACCAGGGAAAACAUACCUGAUUAUGCAAGACAACACAUUUCCUGCUACAAGGAGCAUUUAGAACAGGAGGAGUAUGUGUAUUUAUAUGGCAUAUUAUAAAUAACUACUCUCUAAAAAAAAGAAUAAAUACGGAUGUGCAAGUA